AGAAGCUGCUGCUUCUCCCAUGUUUUAUCUACUUGUAGACCAGUAGCCUUAUAAUGGGGUUUCUUAGGAGUUUAAAUAGGAAUUAUGUUGAUGCCAAAGUACUGUUGUAUGAAGAUUGGAGUUCUGCUUGUCCUGAAGCCUUGUUCUGAUUUCAGGCUGAUGACAGAAUUCCUGCUGAAUUUAGUUGCUGAGUAUCAAGGCUCACAUAUUAGUUUAAUCUUCCAUAGCAAACAGUGUUGCUUAAUUCUACAAAUUGAUUACAGCAGUGUAAAUCAUUGUAUUUGUCAGAGCUUCUCAGGAGAUUUUAAAAUGUAUCUUGCAGUGUGAGAAAUGGAUCGCAGCGUUUAUCAAGUUUAUGAAGAUGAAAUUCAGCUACUGGAAGCAGAAAUUAAGCUGUUGUCUGAAAAAUAUGAAGAUAUCCAACAGGAAUCCACCUUUUUUUCUGAUAAAGAAGUACAGAUGUCAGUAAAAUUAUUCCAAGGGGAAUUUCUGGGAGAACUUAAGGGACAUACGUCUCCAUGGGACCUGAAGGCUGAACUUGAAAGUCUAGAGAGAGAUCUCUCCUUUUUGGUGAAGUUCACUGGUAUUCAGAUCACAAGUCAUUCUAAGAAAACAUUAGAAAAAACUGCAAAAAGAACAGUUCAGAAGCACAGAUUAUCAGGAAAUUGCCAGUCCUUGCCUUUUUGUUUGGAAUUCCAGCUUCUUGAAGUGCAGAACAACAAGAAUGUGUCUGCUGCUGUUACUGACCUCCACAUCCUAAUGGAAUCGGGGCCGUAUUCAGAAUUAAGCAAGUUUGUGUCCAGCAUUGAAGAACAUGGAAAUCUUCUGAUGUUUUUCAGGAGCUUUUCAUCUUAUGCCGAGUGGUGCAAACAUCGUAGGUGCACCUUCUUACAUUUCAAGACCAAAUAUCCCAACAUCGUCAUCCUUCCAGAAGGACAGGAGGGAGAUCACAUAAUUCUAAGGAACCGUCAGCUUCCCGGGUUUGAGUUGAUGAUUGUUUGGAAGAUGCUCAUCAGUGAAGAAGGGACAACUACGCCUGUUCUGGACCUCCUGCCCAAAGUACCAGAGCAAGUUGGUGAGCAGAAGAAAGCAGCUAUUGACAAUGCACCCACCUGCUUCCGAAGCAUGCUGCUUCUGUUUGGGAUUGAAACUGCUAUUGAGAAUCUGAUUCAAGCAUUCAGCUUGGAAAAAUGAAUACCAGCAUCAUGUACAACAGGUAGCAAUUUCAAAAGUAGUUUUAAUUAAGGUAUUGUGUUACGCAGUCUAUAAUUUUAUUGAAUAUAAACAUUAAGUUAUUCUCCAUUUAGAAACCAUACUCAUAAAACAUGCUAUCUGUACAAUUAUGGCACGUUAUAUAUAAAUUGUCAUGACAUGAAAAUAAAUACAGCCAUUUAAAUACAAAAAUGCCAAAUAAAAUAGUUACAUGUACAGAGUGAUUUCAUUAUAAACUUAUCUUUUUUGAAUCAUUAAUGUACCAGAGUGGUUUAUCUUUUUAACAUUUUCUAGAUGCCUGGAAAGUGUUAAAAGAUCAUGCACUGUCAAAAUCAAGUCCAUAAAAAGUGGAAGUUCCAUUUCACAGCUCUGUAAAAGUACAGUGAUUUUAAAAUGACUAGAGAACAGCAAGAGACUCCUAGAACAAAGAGUUGAGUAGCUUUCUUAUUAAAUUAGGCUGGAAGGAGGCAAAUAGUUUGAAGAUUUUGAAGAAAUGUUAUGCUUAAUGCCACUGUAUGAACUAACUCUUUUCCGUAGCGGUGUUGGGUGGAGAUGGCAUUAAAUUAAAGCAGAAAGGCCCGUUCUGCUUUUGUAAAAGCCCAUGGGUGAGUAGAGUACUGCUUGCUGUGAAUGGUAGGUAAUCCUCACACUUCUGGGGGGAAUCUGAGUAGAUAAUAUAAUAUAAAAGCACCACGUUUCACACCUUCCUCCCUGAAGAAACCAAACAUUUGACAGACGUUUUGUCAUCUUUCACUUCUACUCCAUGUACCAUUACCUCAUCUGUGAGCUGUCAGCAUUUUUCAGGAGUUCCUGCCCUGCUGUAGCUGUCACUCAACAGAGCUGUUCAAACCAAGGUGUACAAUGUGAAGACACCUAAUUUUUGGGCAGAGUAAGUUGUUCCUGGAAUCAAGGGCCAAAGAUGAGAACGAUGUGGACUCCCAAAUAAUAUUAGGAGGCCUUCCUUUUCAAGUCCAUAGCUGCUGUAAGCAUGCAUAAGCAGUACAACUGCCUGCUCUGCACUUGAGUUAUGACAAAGCAUUAUACAGCAAUAGCAAAACAGCUGGGGAAACCAAUCAUUAAACCUACUAAUUUCAAAGCAACAGUAGUUUUAAUAUUGCAACAGUCUCCUACUGCUCUGGAAGAUUGGGAGAAACUAGUUUGUGUCAGAAUCUACAGCAGAACAAUGCCAGAGAUUACAUUUUGAUGGACAGCAGCUCAAUGAAAUAUCUUGGUAGAUAUAAGGCAGACUAAUUUCAAGUUUGAAACCCAGUAGACAGGCAAAAUUCAUUGCUACUCUAUCCACUGACAUGUUACUGGCUUAGCUAGUUUUG